GCGUCCUCCCGCUCCAUGGCGCUCCUCGUGCGCCUGCUGGCCCUCGCCCUGGCGCUGGCCUUGGGCCCCUCCGCGACCCUGGCCGGCCCCGCCAAGUCUCCCUACCAGCUGGUGCUGCAGCACAGCCGGCUCCGGGGUCGCCAGCACGGCCCCAACGUGUGCGCUGUGCAGAAGGUCAUCGGCACCAACAGGAAGUACUUCACCAACUGCAAGCAGUGGUACCAGAGGAAAAUCUGUGGCAAACCAACCGUCAUCAGCUACGAGUGCUGUCCCGGCUAUGAGAAGGUCCCCGGAGAGAAGGGCUGUCCAGCAGCCCUCCCGCUCUCCAACCUCUACGAGACCCUGGGGGUUGUUGGAUCGACCACCACCCAGCUGUACACAGACCGCACGGAGAAACUGAGGCCUGAGAUGGAGGGGCCCGGCAGCUUCACCAUCUUCGCCCCCAGCAACGAGGCCUGGGCUUCCUUGCCAGCGGAGGUGCUGGACUCCCUGGUGAGCAACGUCAACAUCGAGCUGCUCAACGCCCUGCGCUACCACAUGGUGGACCGCCGGGUCCUCACCGACGAGCUGAAGCACGGCAUGGCCCUCACCUCCAUGUACCAGAACUCCAACAUCCAGAUCCACCACUAUCCCAACGGGAUCGUGACCGUGAACUGCGCCCGGCUGCUGAAGGCUGACCACCAUGCCACCAACGGUGUGGUGCACCUCAUCGACAAGGUCAUCUCCACCGUCACCAACAACAUCCAGCAAAUCAUCGAGAUCGAGGACACCUUUGAGACCCUGCGGGCUGCCGUGGCUGCAUCGGGGCUCAACACCCUGCUCGAGAGUGAUGGCCAGUUCACGCUCUUGGCCCCAACCAACGAGGCCUUCGAGAAAAUCCCUACCGAAACUUUGAACCGUAUCUUGGGUGACCCAGAGGCCCUGAGAGACCUGCUGAACAACCACAUCCUGAAGUCAGCCAUGUGUGCUGAAGCCAUCGUCGCUGGGCUGUCCAUGGAGACCCUGGAGGGCACCACGCUGGAGGUGGGCUGCAGCGGGGACAUGCUCACCAUCAACGGCAAGGCCAUCAUCUCCAAUAAAGAUGUCUUGGCCACCAACGGUGUCAUUCACUUCAUCGACGAGCUGCUCAUCCCUGACUCCGCCAAGACGCUGUCAGAGCUGGCUGCAGGGUCCGACGUCUCCACGGCCAUCGACCUUUUCGGACAAGCUGGCCUCGGCACUCACCUCUCUGGAAAUGAGCGGCUCACCCUCCUGGCCCCCCUGAAUUCUGUAUUCGAAGAGGGAGCCCCUCCCAUCGAUGCCUCCACGAAGAGUUUGCUUCUGAACCACAUUGUUAAAGACCAGCUGGCCUCCAAAUAUCUGUACCACGGACAGACCUUGGACACGCUGGGAGGCAAAAAGCUGAGAGUUUUUGUUUAUCGUAACAGCCUGUGCAUUGAGAACAGCUGCAUCGCUGCCCAUGACAAGAGGGGGAGGUACGGGACGCUGUUCAUCAUGGACCGGAUGCUGACGCCCCCAGUGGGCACCGUCAUGGACGUCCUGAAGGGGGACAACCGCUUUAGCAUGCUGGUGGCCGCCAUCCAGUCCGCAGGGCUGACUGAGACCCUCAACCGGGAAGGGGCCUACACCGUCUUCGCUCCCACCAACGAAGCCUUCCAAGCCCUGCCACCAGGAGAGCUGAACAAACUGUUGGGAAAUGCCAAGGAACUUGCUGACAUCCUGAAAUACCACGUGGGCGAAGAAAUCCUGGUGAGCGGGGGCAUCGGGACCCUGGUGCGGCUGAAGUCCCUCCAGGGCGACAAGCUAGAAGUCAGCUCGAAAAACAAUGCGGUGAGUGUCAACAAGGAGCCUGUUGCUGAAAGUGACAUCAUGGCCACAAAUGGCGUGGUCUAUGCCAUCACCAGCGUUCUGCAGCCUCCAGCCAACAGACCUCAGGAACGCGGGGACGAACUCGCAGACUCCGCUCUGGAAAUCUUCAAACAGGCGUCGGCGUUUUCCAGGGCUUCCCAGAGGUCCGUGCGACUAGCCCCUGUCUAUCAGAGGCUAUUGGAGAGGAUGAAGCACUAACGCGGCGGACCACAGGAGGAAGGCACCGUGGCAGCUUCCCACCAGCAUCUUUGUUUGCCAAAGAGACUGUUUUGGAAACCAAAUAUCACCCUUCAGUGUACAUGGCCCGCACCCUAUGAGACCUGAGCCUUGGGCAGUGAGGGCAGGAGGGAGAGAAGUCUUUUAUUUUUUGCGGCCUCCAAACACGGCUACUUGCAAAGACUGGGAUGCCGCCCACCGCCUGAUCGUCACUUCCAGAAAGGCCCAGUCCCGAGCCUGGAAUCCUCCGCCUGUGCCAAGCGCCUGGAAGAGGGAGCUGCAGGAUUUAGAGCUCCGAGGAUGUGACCCGAGCAAGUCAGUGUUCCGGGGAGGCUGGUGUAGUUUUGCAAAGCUCUUGCCUGGCUGGGGAAAUGGUGUCGUUAUAAGCUAGGAGUGGAACUCUUCUGUCAGAUGUGUCUCGCAUCUACGUGUGGCUUGGACGCUUCUCUGUGGCUCUAUCCAGGUAGAAAAGCAAGGGUGUGUAGAGCACGCAGAACCCCAAACCCUGCAGCGUGAGAGCCCGGGGGCAUUUGUAAUAAUAAAACCGAGGAAAUGUA